CACUCGCACUGUCUGACAGGCAGUCUGGGGUGGGCUAGCUCUCCUUGUAGCCGAGGCUGUGGCUCUGCUGUGGCUCUUGCUGGGCUCCGAGCUCAUCUGUCCGUAUGUGUGUGUGUGUGUGUCUGUGACUGUGUGCUUGUGUCAUCACUCUCAUCCCGGGCCUGUCUGCUCACCGUUAGCACUGCCACAACUUUUGCCCACCACCGUCACCACCGCUCUGACACAGGAAGGGGAGUCGAGCAGCCAGGCCUUCUGCUGUUCACCUCCUCAGACAUGUUUCGAAAUCCCUGGAUCUCUAGUUACCAUGUGAACCAUGUGGAGCCCUGUGGCCAAGGAUUUGGAUCGAAAGGCCCCGUCAAACUUUGCACCUCAGCCUCGUUUCCAACAGAAGCCGUAAGUUUUCAGAGUGACUUUUCCUUGAGUGACAAGACCGCCUUGGUCAAAAGCAUUUCAGACACAGAUGCCAAACGUCUGGUUGUCCUUCCCAAGGUUACAGAGUUGAAGAAAUACUUUGAGGGACCUGUCACCAAGGAUUUGGAGAUGAACAGGAAGGAGAGAAUAGCCCGACGACUGGAGGGAAUUGAAAACGAUGUUCCUCCUACUCUGGUGCCUGGUGGUUUGGUAGCAAACAGAAUGUUAGAGGAGGAUCCACCGCGAUACACCCGCGCCUCAGACCCCUGUGAGCCUUGUUUGAUGGUGAGGCGCUACAGUCGAGAGGACAUGGAUGCGUCGCAGAAGCAGGUGUUGUCUUCAGAGAGAUCUCCUCAGGUCAAAGGUGGAGGUGGGCGUCAGGAGCCAGUGUUGGUGUAUGUUGAUCCAGUAACGUUAUCCACCUCCUCUACAACCUCAUCUGCCCCCACAGACGCUGCGAGCCUCAGUUCCAAGGCUGAACGCAUCGCCCGCUACAAAGCGGAGCGCCGCCGCCAGCUGUCAGAGCGUUAUGGCAUCCUCUUGGAUCAGGAGCAGGACAUUGAUUACACACCAAGACAUCGGUCCCACCGAGACCCUGAGACCCCUGGUCGACAGACUAGUCACAGGCGAGACAAAGACAAAGAAGAAGCAGAGGAAUCAGCGCGGGAGCCCAGGGUGCCAUACCGCUCUGGAGUUGGCAGAGUUUACAUGAGGACUCAUCAAGAUCCUGCAUCUGGUAACACAUCAAGGCCUGCCCGCACAAAUCAAGAUCCUCCCUCCACACAGGAAAAACCGAGCAGAUAUUCAGAGCGGGAAAGGGUGAUGAACAUGGAGAACUACCGGCGCGCAGGGACUCAAGAAAGCACCUCCAGUUCCAGAACCAGAACUCAGGAGCAGCCUCUGCCCCAACACCACCAAAAGACUGCCCACCAGGAGCCAAGUCCCACUUCCACCAAGGACUACAGCAUUGCAGCAGUGCCCAACUCUCCUCGCACUGCCCGCCGGGCUUCCCUGCCCUCGAACCGCUACGGUAUAUCACCUGGUGAUUUAUUCAUCGAGCAACAGGCCCAGAGCAUCCUCAACAGACAGGGAAUUCGAGUAAGGGAACGAUUGCCCAGGGAUGAAACAGUGCAAAGGCCACCUGAUUGGAGUCCAGACAGGAACCAGGUUAACAGACACUGCACUCAGAGGAACACUGGUCAUUAUAUGCCACAGCACUCAGACACUCCCCAACAAAGGACUGGUCACCAGCCUCAGCCCAGCCCUGGCCACCAUCAUACCCACAGUCAAACAGCCUAUGCUUCCUCUUCUCCAGAGUACCAACAUUCUGGGCCUGCUGUGGACACAGAGCCCUAUUUGGCCAUGCCUGCCCCAGUGGCCAUUGCUAAACCUUCUGGACCACCUGAGGUACCAGCACGCAGGAGAGUGAAUGCUGACCAACUCUAUGCUGCCCACAAGGAGGCAAGAUUAGAGGCCAGGCAGGCCCUGAAGGAAGAGGCCCAUACAGAGGGUUUGCUGAAGAGUAGGAAGGCUGUGUUGCCAUCAGAGAUACGCCGGAGGGAAAAGAGUGUGGAUGAUCCUCAUAGGGGCCGACACGAUGAUAUGGACUGGCAAAACUACAGCCCAGAACUUAGGAGGAUGAGUCGAGGGGAGGAAGACUGGGAUCGGGACAGACCAAGAGGGAGGGAAAGAAAUGUUGAAAGGAUCAGAGAAAGGGGAAGGGAGCAUCUCUCCAGCCGUGAAAGCCAAGAGGAAAGAGUUUAUAAAUCUAUACAGCCUGCACACUUGUCUGUAAGCCAGCAGCCCAGGCAACAUCAAUCCUCAGACCCUGUGUACCACCAAGAGCCCCAAAUUCAGCAUUCAGAGCCCCAAAUUCAACAUCCAGAGCCUCAAAUUCAGCAUCCAGAGCAUUGUGAACCAACAAAGUUUUUGCCACAAAGGCAACAUCACUAUGACCACUCGAGACAUCCGCUAGAGCCUGAAAGACAACAACACUCCCAAAUACAGCAGGGGUAUAAGCUCCAUCAACAAGAACCACCAAAUCAGCAGCAAGACAUGCAGAAAAAACAAGGUUACCAAAGAGAGGGAGAGUCUGAGGCUCAGAGGGAGCAGCAGCUGGAUCGUCAGCAGUCCGAAUCAGCUGUCCACCUCCAGAAGGGCUCUUUGUUGCCUCAGGCCAAAAGCAGAAGCAUGGAGACGAGUGGAGUGCUCAAACCUAAGGUUAGGACCCGCUCCAUGUCAGAUAUAGGUGUAAGCCAGCACACUGCAAUGUAUCGUAUGGAGAGGACAGCAGCCAGCCGGGAGACAUCCAGGGCCAUCCCACCUUCAGGGAUUACUAACGGGGAGAUAGGAACCUUGGACACCAGGGUAUCGGUUGCACAGCUGCGCCAUUCGUAUCUGGAGAAUGCCAAGCAUAAACCUGAGCUUGAGACAACUAAAGUAGAUCUCUCAGCAAUGGAGGUCGACGCGGCCAGCAGCAGUGAUCGAGACAAGGCCACUCGGAGACCUCGUCGCUACAUCACUCCAGGAGACAGUCGCAUGUCCGAGAGGUUUAGGACCCAACCCAUCACCUCUGCAGAGCGUUUGGAGUCUGAUAGGUCACGUCUCAGCCCAUCACAGCUACAGGAUCCUGAAGCAGAUGAAGAAAAGCUUGAUGACAGAGCCAAAAUGAGUGUGGCUGCCAAGAGGUCGCUCUUCAGGUCUUCAUGUUUUGAUGAUAUCGUUCUCCAGGAUUUAGAGAGGACGUCAGACGGCAGUGUUCCCAAACCACGUUCUCGAAAUGCCGCCGUAGAAAGACGUCUGAGGAGAGUUCAGGACCGAUCAAACACGCAACCUGUCACCAACAAGGAGGUGGUCAACGCUUCAAGCGAUGCUGCUCCAUCGUCACAAAGUGACGCCACUCACACAGUUGUAACUUGCAUCCCCAGCUCCACUGCAGUCAACACCAGUGUGACAAGCAUCAGCAUUCAGAACUCCUCCCAGCCGGAUUCUGCAGUGCAGGAGCAGGAGAAGGACUCAGGGGAACCCCAGAAACCAGCUCAAGCUCCUGGUGUUGGGACAGAAGGAGAUGGCCAGGAACCUGCCUCAGACGAGCCAGACCUGUCCUCCCUUAGCCUGGCUGAGAAGAUGGCCAUCUUCAACCGCCUUGCUCAGCCCACGGGCAAAACCACUGAAGGGUCCAGAGGGGACACCCGGCAGCGCAGGGCCAACAUCCGCUUUCAGACUCAGCCCAUCACCCUAGGAGAAGUGCAGCAGGAAGCUGAGGCACCUGUAACCUCUGCAGCGUGUAACGGCGACUUAGAGGCCAAUCAGGGAGAACAUCUGAAAAACGGAGGCGAGAUCAAACUGGAGCCCUUGUCAGCAUCCCUGGUUCGAUCUGUGGCAGCAGUCACCGCUCAAGCGGCUGUCACCAUGGUAACCAUGACGCCAGGCAGCACCGGUGUUGGUGAUGAUGACAGUCUGGGGAAGGCCACCACCUACCCCUGCAUCCCUGCCCAACAACAGGCUUCCAGCAAUGCAAUCAGCCACCAGGAGAGGGCGCUGAGGUACUUCUCCAUGACCCAGAACGGGGACCCAGGCCACCCUGAGCCUGAGCCCAGCUCCUCCCCUCUCGUCUCCGAGAACCACGAGAGAGUGGAGGCUCCUCCUGCUCCCAUUUCCUCCGCUGGUCACAGGCAGCAGAGGGAGGAGGUGGUGAAGGAGGAGGAGGGAUGGAGCGAGCAGCAAGAGGAGGAGGUGAGGAGGAGACAGAAGGGAGGAGCCUCAGAAGACAGCCAAGGCGGCAACAUAAAGGAGAACCGGCACUCCCCCGAUAAGGAGCGGGACAGCAGGCAGCAUCAGCAUCCUCAGCCUCAAGGCGCUGCUGAGCCCUCUUUGUGGAGGGGCGAGUCAGAGCCUCUGCCCAGCCGGAGAGCUGCAGACGCAGAUUCCCAGGAGAGCAGAGAGACAGCAGAGGCAGGAGAAAGAGGAAGAGGAAGAGGAAGAGGAAGAGGGGACUACCUGAGAGAGGCUGCAGCAGUUCACAGCUCCUCCACACAGGAGAAGGAGAGGAGCCGGGCAGGCAUCUCAGAUUUGCCAGAUGAGUCUCCACCAGUGAAGCAACUGAUAGCGAAAGUGUCAUCCAGGACAGUGUCUCACGUGUCAAACGGCCAACAGCAGCAGCACACUGUGACCCAGCCUCCUCAGACUCUCCCCAAACCAACGUCCUACAUCCAACCCCAGCCGUUCUCCCAGCCCCCACCGACGUACCCGAAACCUUUCACCCAGUCUCCUCAAACCCAUCCCAAACCUCAGGGAUUUGUCCAGCCUAUCUCGAAACCUUACCCUCAGACACCGCCUCAGCCUCCGCCAAAACCUCUGGUCCCUCCGCAGACACCCCCCAAACCCCAGUCCUUCCCCAAGUCCCUGAUCAAGUCCCAGUCCCUGCCCCUGGACCACUGCGAGGACUUCAGCAGGGUCAGUGUCCACUCUGGUGAUCUGCUGUCUCCCACAGACUCUGGAGAGCAUCUGUCUGACGACAUGUCCUCCAAACAGAUGUCUAUCAAGGAGAGAGUGGCUCUGCUGAAGAAGAGUGGCGAAGAGGAUUGGAGGAACAGGAUCAACAAGAAGCAGGAAGUGGUUAAAGUAGUGUCGACCGAGCAGCAGGCGCAGCUAUGGGAGACAGAGCAGAGCUGCCAGAAGAAGGAGGAAGGGGUGGUCGUUCAAGACUACUCUGCCGUGUCUGUGUCUGAACAGCUGUGGGAGCCCGUCUUCUCUUCCACCUAUUCUCCUCCUAUCUCACUUGGCCAAAAGUGUCAGUACAUUGACCACCACAGUCAGAAGACGGGAGAGGAGAUCGAGGCUCAGAUGACCAUUGAGGAGAGGAAGCAGAUGAUUUCCACCCGUGAGGACGCCUGGAAGACAAAGGGCAGGGGAGCGGCUAAUGACUCCACCCAGUACACUGUGGCUGCUCGCAUGGUCAAGAAAGGACUCGCAGCCUCCUCCUCGGUCAUCAGUCCCAUCCUGUCACCAGUCGCCACCAAACUGAAGAGUAACACGCCCGCUGUCAGCAAACCACAAGAAGAAAUUGAAGCUCGACCAGAAAUGGAGUCAGACAAGAAGCUGGACAAGUUGGAGAGCUUCUUGGGACGUUUGAAUAGCAAAGUGGCAGGUCUGCAGGAAACCACACUGACAGUGACUGAGAAGGCCGUGAAGGAAGUGAUGAAGCUGGACGACGAGAUCUUCUCCAAGUUUUACAGACGCGUCGCCGAGUUUCCACGCAUGCCCACCAGGAUCGAGAUCAGCGAGGACUUUGACAGCAUCUUUGGUUCUCAGGGUCCCAAGUUAACGUCCGCCAUGGUGGAGCACAAGCGGUCGGUGCGUCCGUCCAGAAACGUCCAGUCGUCCAGAAACCCUCUGAAGAUGCUGGCGGCCAGGGAGGACAUCAGACACGAGUACACGGAGCAGAGACUGAAUGUGGCGCAGCUGGAGAGCAAGAGGAUGAAGGCCGAGAAGAUGACUAAAACCUCCGAGUACUCUGAAGCUGCUCUGGCAGGUCUGGCCAGUCAUGAAAACUUCAGCAGCGUCAGUCUGCGCAGCGUCAACGUCUCGGAGCAGAUGUCCAACAACAGCGCCGUGCCGUACAAGAAUCUCAUGCUGAUGCAGAUCAAAGGUCGUCGUCACGUUCAGACCAGGUUAGUGGAGCCAAGAGCGUCGUCGCUCAACAGUGGAGACUGUUUCCUCUUGGUGACUCCAGAGCACUGCUUCGUCUGGAUAGGAGAGUUCGCCAACGUCAUCGAGAGGGCAAAGGCGAUGGAUUUAGCGACCUUCAUCCAGACAAAGAAGGACAUGGGCUGCAGGGCGACCCAGGUGCAGGCCAUCGAGGAGGGGGUCAACCCACAGGGUCCGGACCACCAGCUGUUCUGGACAAUCAUAGGAGGACAGGGUGCUUACCAAUCUGCGGGUCCACCAGAGGAGGACGAGCAGUUUGAGAACGCCAUCGUGGAAACCAACUGCAUCUUCAGACUGUUGGAUGACAAACUGGUUCCUGACGACGAUGAGUGGGGGAAAGUCCCUCACUGCUCUCUGCUGGCCUCCAAAGAAGUGCUGGUGUUUGACUUUGGCAGUGAGGUGUACGUGUGGCACGGUAAAGAGGUGACUCUUGCUCAGAGGAAGGUGGCGUUCCAGCUCGCCAAACACCUCUGGAACGGGACGUUUGACUACACCUGCUGUGACGUCAACCCACUCGACCCUGGCGGCUGCAACACACUCAUACCCAGAAAAGGCCAGGGCCGUCCUGACUGGGCGAUUUUCGGGAGGCUGACGGAGCACAACGAGACAAUCUUGUUCAAGGAGAAGUUCAUGGACUGGAGUGAAGCAAAGGCGCUGACACCGAAGGACGGCGGCGAGCUUGUACCUGAGCUGAAGGAGGCCCCGGGACGUGACUGCCGGCCCUAUGACGCCACCCUGAUGCUCCCCGUCCUCCAGUCGUCCAUUUCCACCAUCCUGGAUGGUGUAACCGUGGGCCGUGGUUAUGGCCCAGUGGAGACCGAGGACCGCAUGAGGAUACAGGAGCUCAGCACAGUGUCAGUGGACGUCUGGCACAUCCUGGAGUUCGACUACAGCCGCCUCCCGCGCCAAAGCAUCGGCCAGUUCCACGAGGGAGACGCCUACGUGGUCAAGUGGAGGUACAUGGUCAGCACUUCAGUUGGACGUAGGCAGAACCCUGAGGCGAGGAGCACUGGACCGGGGAAAGAGAAAUGCUGCUACUUCUUCUGGCAGGGCCGACACUCCACCGUCAGCGAGAAAGGAACAUCAGCGCUGAUGACGGUGGAGCUGGAUGAGGAGCGAGGAGCACAGGUUCAGGUGCAGCAGGGGAAGGAGCCUCCAUGUUUUCUGCAGUGUUUUAAUGGAGGGAUGAUCAUUCACGCUGGCAAACGAGAAGAGGAGGAGGAGAACACUCAGAAUGACUGGCGUCUGUACUGCGUGCGGGGUGAGGUGCCGGUCGAGGGCCACCUCCUGGAGGUGGCGUGCCACAUCAGCAGCCUGCGCUCCAGGGCCUCCAUGAUCCUGCUCAACAUCAACAAGGCCGUCAUGUACCUGUGGCACGGCUGCAAGACGCAGCUGCACACUCGGAGUGUGGGAAACACGGCCGCUCUCAAGAUCAAAGAACAGUGUCCGUUGGAAGCCGGGCUCCAUAACAGCAGCAAGGUGACCAUCCAUGAGUGCGACGAGGGGGUGGAACCUCCAGGCUUCUGGGAGGCGCUGGGCAGGAGGGACAGGAAGGCUUAUGACUGCAUGCUGCAAGAUCCUGGCAAAUUCAACUUCACCCCGCGGCUCUUCCAGCUGAGCAGCACAUCUGGAGAAUUUGUGGCGACCGAGUUCUUCCACAUGUCCAGAGCUCCAGACCUGGUCAGCUCACUGCCUUUCCUGCAGGAAGACUUGUACAACGCCCCGCAGCCUGCCUUGUUCCUGGUGGACAACUUCCAUGAAGUCUACCUGUGGCAGGGCUGGUGGCCACAGGACAGCGAGAACGCCGGCUCGGCUCGUAUCCGCUGGGACGCAGACAGGAAGUGCGCCAUGGAGACGGUGCUGCAGUACUGCACAGAGAAGAACGACAAGAAGCCUCAGAAGUCGUAUCUGAUCCACGCCGGUCUGGAGCCGCUCACGUUCACCAACAUGUUCCCCAGCUGGGAGCACAGAGAGGACGUGGCUGAGAUCACAGAGAGGGAGGCCGAGGUGUGUCACCAGAUCAUCCUGGUGGAGGACGUGUUGGCUCGGCUCAAACAGAACAUCUUCCCGCUGGCUCAGCUGCUGGCCCGGCCGCUCCCCGAGGGAGUCGACCCACUCCGCCUGGAGCUCUACCUGUCCGACCAGGACUUUGAGACCAAGUUGUAGGUGGAUUCAGAAAGCUUUGGAAAUGACGAGAGAGGACUAUGAAUGUCUGCCAGGGUGGAAGCAAGUGAAUAUAAAGAAGGCCAAAGGACUGUUUUAAGAAGAAAAUAAAGAUGGUGUGUGAAGAAGAGAAAGUGUGGAAACUGCUGCGACGGAAAAACAAAGAAAUGUUUUUGAUGGUGAUGUGUGAGGACCCCGAGGAGAAAGUCACUGGUUGGGAAGGAAAGCGGCAGCAGACUCUCGCCUUGCUUCUUAUAUAGUCAUGUUUUACUUCUGGACUUUGUCGUGACGUAAAAAAAAAAACCCCAACAACAACUUUGUUGUGGUUUAACGGAAGGUUUAAAAACAAACAAACCAACCAACACCUUGCUUUCCUUCAUACGUGGUGUGGAUUUUUGGAGUCGUCUCUAAAACACCGCUCAUGGACGCUUGGUGUCAGAGUGCCAUGCUAUGGUUGUGUGUGUGUGUGUGUGCGAUUGUACAUAAUGUGUUUAUGUGUGUCAAAGUGUGUGUAGAUGUAUUUAUGUAAAAAACAAUGCCAGUGGUGUCAGGUGAAUGUCUUCUCGUCGGUGUCGUCUACAGCGUCCGGAUGCCUCGUCAGGCCUCGUACUGUAGGAAACUCCCGCCGCAGUGACUCAGACUCGCCGAGCUGCACGUGAGCACGUCUGAGAGCAGCAGCUCCAUGGGUCAGAAUGUAUAGUGCCUUGCUUUUUGUGUACAGUUUAUAUACAGAAAUCCUAGUCUGCAUUUUUGAAGACUUUCUUUGUGAUAUAAGACAGAUAGUGAAUUAAAUCACAAUAAUGCGCACAUCAA